AUGCCUCUUGAACACCGUUUGGGACCCCUGAGCAAGCUUGAUCUGUUUGGAUAUGGGAAAAGGUUGAAGAGCUUGAUUAUGAAGUUUGAUACUUUGAUUGAAAAGAUAAUGGCUGAACAUGAAAAUGACAGAAAUUCCGGUGGGAAGGAAAGGAAAGAUAUCAUGGUUCUGCUCUUAGAGAUUUACAGGGAUGAAAAUGCUGAAGUGAAGCUAAGCAGAACCAACAUCAAGUCCUUUCUCAUGGAACUUUUCAUGGCAGGCACAGAUUCGACAAGUGUGGCAUUGCACUGGGCAAUAGCAGAGCUGAUUAACCACCCACAAGCAUUCAAGAAGCGUAGGGAGGAAAUCAACACUGUAGUUGGAUCAACAAGGCUAGUAGAGGAAUCAGAUAUCCCCAAUCUUCCAUACUUGCAAGCCGUGGUCAAGGAAACUCUGAGAUUACAUCCUUCAGCAUCUUUGAUUUUUCGUAGAUGUGACAAAGACUGCAAGAUCAAUGGCUAUGAUGUACUUGCAAAUGAAAGGGUAAUAUUCGAUUUAAAAGCAAUAAUGAGGGACCCAAAUUCGUGGGAAAAUCCCCUAGAUUUUCUACCACAAAGGUUCACAACAGAUUUCGAAGAAAGAUAUGAUCAUUCUAGGAUGGAUGUCAGAGGCCAAAACUUGAGGAUUUUCCCUUUUGGGAGCGGAAGGGGAUGCCCCGGUGCAUCACUAGCUUUAGCAGUCAUUCAUGGAGCCAUUGCCAGGCUUGUUCAGUGCUUUGAUUUUGAAGUCCAGGAUGGGCAAAGGUUAAACAUGGAAGAAGGGUCAGGGUUUUCUGGUGCCAUGGUUCAUCCACUUCUAUGCUAUCCCGUUACGCAUUUGAAUCCUUUGGAGAUUGCUAACAAGAUUUAG